CUUCACCAUCCGGAACUCUCGAUCUUGGGGUGUUCCAUGUCGCGAUCGCCCGUCCAUCGUCACUACGACACAAGGAUCUUGCCUUGUAUGGCGCCUUACCCACCUGCUUCUUCAACCGUGCUCUCCAUCCGCUUCUCUUUCCGCUUUCCCCCUCCAUAACUCCAUAACUACGACCUGCACGCGCUCGAACAACCCGUGUUGCGACAGCUAUCCGCCAUGGCCAACAGCGACGCAGAUUCACCUGCUAUACGCAAGGAGCAUCCGGCGGAUAAGAUUGGUCCCAAGCUUGUCAAUCAGGCGGACAGAAUACAAAAUAAAUACCAACCAAACACAGGAUCAAAUGCUCCGGAGAAGAAGAAAGGUCCCGCGGGAGGCUUUGAUGACACUCCCAUACCUCAUGCGCCGCCUGGAUACACAUUGAAGUUCACCUUUCACAAAGCCGAAAACCUUCCCUUUGCCGAUUUAAACACGCUCUCUUCAGACCCUUAUAUCCUAGCCGUCCUCAAAUCAGACCUUGUCAAGCGUCACAAGCAAGACCCAGAUAUGUGCAUACGCACGCCGACCAUCCACCGCAAUACAAACCCAGAAUGGAACACCGACUGGAUCGUUGCCAAUGUACCCAGUUCAGGCUUCCAUCUGAAAUGCAGACUGUACGACGAAGACCCGUCAGACCACGACGACCGCUUAGGCAAUGCACAUAUCAACGUCUCCGGCAUCGAUGACAAUUGGAAGGGCUUCUCAAGGCGGAGCUUCGAACUGAAAAAGCGCAUGGGUAGUAAGCGCGCAUACACCAUUCGUGGAUGUGCCGCGAUGUUCUCACGAAACGUCAAGAUGGGUGGCCAUUUAGUCGUGAGCAUUGAGAAUCUUGGGCGUACGAAAGAUGAAAGCGGCGGAAGGAUGUAUACAAUCGGACCUUUGGCUUGGAGUCGGCAUUACUCUCCGCUCAUAGGGCGGUUGGCCGGAACCAAGGAUACAGAAAUGGGCAAGGACGGCAAAGAGACGCAGAGAUACAAUUUCCAGGCCGUGCAGAUGCAACUCCGGGGUCCGGUACCUGCAGAGCUGUAUCAUCGAUACGUGGAAUUCAAACCCUUUGUUGCGGGUAUGUUCACGUCUCAUUCCAUCCGAGGUAGGCUGCUCAAUCGCGCCCUUCACCACCAACACGCGCGGAUCUACAACUACGAUCGGAUGACAAAGUAUGGCACAUUCCCUGAACCGACCCCUGACAUGACAAAAUUACUACUUGACCUCGUGCAUUAUGAUGAGGGCGGGCGGAUUUUCACGUACGUCCUGACUCUGGACGGGCACUUUCGGUUCACGGAAACGGGUAAAGAAUUUGGAAUCGAUCUUCUAAGUAAACAUACUAUGCAUAGCGAUGUGAGUAUAUACAUUGCUUGCAGUGGAGAAUUCUUCUUCCGGAAAAUCCGACACGGGAAGACGAACAGGAAGGAGAAGGACGUCGACCCGGUGGAAGGCACGCAUAAGCCCGCCCCAGAAAGUGGCCCGGCAGAGGAAGAGAGGGAGAAUAAGGAAAUCGAUCAACUUGCUAUUAACCAGGACGGCACCGACGAUGAUGAUCAUCAUCAGCACGAGAAGGACAAGGACGAGAAGAAGGAUAUGGACAAGGACAAGGAGAAAGAUUCAGAGUGUGUUGUGAAGUCGGCGCCGGGCCAAAACGGCAAGGACAAGGACAAAAGCAAGGAUCCCGACGGCAAUGAGGUGUCGAUCGAAGACUCGAACAAGGACACGGAUCCUUCGCACUACGAGUUGAUCAUCGACAACGACAGCGGCACUUAUAGGCCCAACGGCAAGAAAUUGCCCCUUCUGCGGGAUUUCUUCAAGAUGAACUUCCCCGGCCUCAAGGUGGUCACGUUGGAUUGUCAGGCCGACGAGGAGCGCAUGAAGAAGCUCAAGGGCGAACAACGGGAGCGCAAGAAGUCGACCCACAACCAGGUCAUGUUUAUGCAAAACUCCAGCAUGAGCAGCGUCAGCUCGAGCGACGAGGAGGAUCUGGCCGCGCGGGCGGCCGGGGAGGACCACAAGGAGCAUCGGUACAAGCAGCAGUAUCACGCCUUCCUCGACGGCGGCAAGGACGAGCACCACGGACAAUACGACGCCGCCGCCGCCAACGGGGAGACGUCGACGGCCGAUGGGGACAAAGACGCCGCCGCCGCCGAACAGGAGAAGCUGAAUCAGAAUGGAGACGUCAAUGCUCCUGAGAGAGGAGACGCAGACACCUCGAAUGAGAAGCGAUAAUGGAUGCGAGAUGAGCGAAAGAGGGCUUUCGACUGUACAGUACCUUUGCGAUUCAUGUUUUGAUGUUUCAAUGUUGAUGCGUGGAUGAGCGUCCAGGGUGGCAGGGGUGGUUUUUGCGAUACCCAGACCUGUUUUUUCAACGGCAGGAUCAUGUUUAUUCUUACUCCGUACAGCACCUGAAUUAGUUAGUAUGUAGUACUCCGUGUGAGCCACGGUACUAAUCAUUGAACAUGUC